UUGGAAAUGAGUUUUAUUAAGGCUGUAUUUCACACCAAGGAGGAGGAGAUGAAGAUUAACACUGAGAAGACUCACGAGAUUUUUGAAACCCACGGUGCUCAAAGUGAGAGACUGCAUGCUGAAUGGGACCGUUCUAAGAAGCCUACAAACUUUUGGAAGUGCAGAGAGAAUCAAUUGAUUUACCAGCGAAAGACGAUAUCUCCCAACUACUACACCAUGGGCUAUGAUGUAGAGACUGGAGAGAAGAUUAAGGCAAACUGUGUUGAGUCCGCUUUGUAUAUCGCAAAGAAGCGUGCUGCAGCUAUGAAAUCGCAGUAAAGGUAGAAUAUAUUACAUUU